CUCCUCUUCAUCUUCCUCUUCCCCCUCCCCUCCCCUUCCCUCUCUUUCGUUCUCCUCUUUCGGUUCUUCCAUCGCUACCCAAAGCCGUCUCACAAUGGCUCGUCUUGGUUUCUUGUCUCUGGCUCUCCUUUCCGUCCAGGCCCUGAUCGGCGGCGGUCUCGCGGCUGAUGCUGUCGAGAAGGAUGAAGCUCCCCAGACUCCCAACCUUGCUGUCACCGCGCAGGCUGCUUUCCCUGCCUCUGAGUUCUUCGGCGUGAAGCUGGUCAAUGGCCACCCGACCCAGGCGCUGAUUACCUUCGCUAACGAUGAGCCCAACCCGGUGACUGUCAACUUCAUUGGAGGCUCUCUGUGGUCUCUGGGCGAGGAGGAGAACCGCAUCGUUCGCAACCUGACCGCCCACCGAUACAGCCUUGAGAUCCCGGCCGGUGAGCAGGAGAGCGUGAACUUCAACUUCGCCACCGAGAUGCACCCCCAGGAUCUGAGACUUGAGCUGGCUUCCGUCAUCUCCGACAUCGAGGGCAACGUUUACACCCUGUACACCUACAACGGCACCGUCAGUGUGGUUGAGCCUGAGACCAGCAUCUUCGACCCCCAGAUUCUUUUCCUGUACUUCUUCCUCCUGGCCUGCUUCUCUGGUGUCGUCUACUUCUUCUACACCGUUUGGAUCGCCCCCUACUUCCCCCAGAAGCGUCGCGCUGGCAAGGCCCCUGAGACCAUCAAGAAGUCGACUGUGCCCAAGAAGGAGGAGAUCCCCGUGGAGGGACCCGCUGUCACUUCUGCCACCACCUACAAUGCCGACUGGAUCCCCGCUCACCACAUCAACCGCCCCGAGGCCCGCAAGGUGAAGGGCAGCAGCUCCCGCUCUAAGAGCCGUGCUUAAAUGUCAUUGGUGACAUCAUGAACGGUGGCUGUGUAAGAUGAAGAUAAGGGAAGGAUUCAAUGCCCGUAGAGGGGACCUUGAGUGGUUCUCUCUAUAAGGCUGAAGACAGGAUGACCCGUUGACAGAAACGACUGCUGAAAUGUGGUCGGUCGACUGGGGCUCCUGCUCUUUUAUUUUGCGUGUACAUUUAUGUCCACAUUUGAUUUAGGCAAAUGAAGCUUUUGCAACUCAGGCUUCAGGUUUCCAUUAGAAACACUCAAGGCUUGAAUAUUGAACUUGAACAAGGGAUACCACGCCCUUGCUCCUUGAACC